AUACGCAUGCGCCACCGCCGCGCCGCCAGUUGAUGCUUUAGAAUCGCCGGGCUGCGUUCUUGUACCUUGUACCUAGAAGCUUUAAAUAAUUUGUGAUUUAUCUAUUUGUGUACAGUGCAAUUUGGAUCAUUUUAAGUAAAGGUGAACUGCAGCAUCUAUGGCGGAAAAAAGGUAUAACGCAAAAUACAAAAGUGUUAAAAGGUCUAUGGAAGAAAUAAUUGCUAGCUCUUCUCACAAGAAAAAACAAACCAUUCAAGAAGCUAAAAAUAUUUUAAUUGAAAAUAUCGAAUUUGAAGAGAACUGUAAUGUCGAAUGUGAACGCGUAAUGGAAGUUUCAUCACCUGUAUCUCAUUUAAUCGAAAGCGAUGAAUCAGUAGAGGAUGAAUCAAUAAGUUCUGUGAAUAUACUGCAAGAUGGAAUAAUUUGUAGUAACGAGGCAAAGAUGAGCGCUAGUGACAAUUUUAGACAAUUUUUAUGCUCAUGGGCCAAAAAUUAUUCUGUAAAUCAUUCUCAAUUAAAUAAUUUGCUUAAAGGUUUGAAUGAACAUUUACACUUAGAACUACCAUCUGACGCAAGAACGAUAUUAAGUACAGCACGCCAAACUCACAUUAAACAAAUGACAACUAAUUCUGGAAAAACUGGCUCAUUUUGUUAUAUUGGUAUAGCAGUGAAUCUGAAAAAGAUUCUAUCAUCUAAGAUUAUUUUGUCAAAAAUUAAAAGUGUUGAAUUAAAACUUAUCUUUAAUAUUGAUGGUGUGCCUCUCAGCAAAAGUUCCAAUCGACAAUUUUGGCCAAUAUUAGGAAAAGUGUGGGUACCUAAUUUUAACAUAUACCCGUUUCCAGUUGCUAUUUUUUGUGGAGAUGGCAAGCCAAACUUGACUAACUUUUUUUCUGAAUUCAUUACCGAAAUUAACAACCUUCUGCAUUCUGGAAUAGAACUCGGUGGUAUAAGAUAUUCUAUAAAAAUUUUAUGUUUCACAUGUGAUGCUCCAGCAAGAGCUUUUGCUAAAUGCAUAAAAGGCCAUAAUGGAAAAUAUGGCUGCGAAAGAUGUAAUCAACAAGGCUUGUAUCACCAAGGCAGAAUGUUAUUUAAAGAAACAAAAGCAGCAUUAAGAACCAACGAGGAUUUCAAAAACCAGAUACAACAAGAACAUCAUCAUGGGGUGACACCUCUACUACAGAUCACAGACUUUAAUUGUAUAUCUCUGUUUGUUCUCGAUUCCAUGCAUUUGUGUUUUCUAGGGGUCAUGAAAAAACUAUUGAAAUAUUGGCAUUCGGAUACAGCUACGAGACUACAUUUAAGGGACCGCACAAAAAUAUCGGAAUACUUAGAAUAUACGGCACAAUUUAUUCCAGAAGAAUUUAGUAGAAAAUCCAGAGGACUUUACGAAUUAGAUCACUGGAAAGCCACAGAAUUAAGAUUGUUUGCCUUGUACACUGGUGUCAUAGUUUUAAAAAAUAUUUUACCAUCUAAUCUUUAUUAUCACUUUGUCUUAUAUCAUUCUGCCUUAAGAAUAUUGUUUUCAAAUGAUAUUUCCGAUCACAAUUUAAAUUGUAGCCGUAAUUUACUUUUAUCAUUUGUAGGCGAUUUUGAAAAAAACUAUGGGAAUACCUCAGUGAUUUAUAAUGUACACAGUCUUAUACAUAUUACCGAUGAUGUCCAAAAUUUAAAAGUGAAUUUAAAUGAUCUUAGCUGUUUUUCUUUUGAGAGCUAUUUAGGAAAACUAGUAAAAUUACUAAGAACACCAAAUAGACCUUUAGCUCAAGUGGUUAAACGCUUAUCGGAAACUCAAAUUUUUUUUUAUAUUCCCAAUACUAAUAACACAGAACUACAAUUUAAGAACUGUUUGUUGACUUCAAAUAACUUUAAAGAUUCGUUUAUAAUAAUGAAGAAUAAUAAAAUUGCAAAAAUUAAGUUAAUUCGUAACAAUGAGUUAACUGUCAAUAAAUGUUUGGGUCAGAAGGAUUAUUUUUCCUAUCCAUUUCCUUCGAGAACUAUUGGUAUACAUCAAUUUCAUGAAAUCAGCAAUAUAGAAAUUAAAUGUAAAAUUUCCGACAUUAAAAAUAAACUACUUGUAAUUAAAGAACUUAAUAAAAGUGCAUAUGUAGCUUUUGAACUGUUGCACACAAGUUAA